GCUGAUACGGAGGAGGAAAACGCGAGCGGGGAAGCACUGUGCCUUCGUGAGUGCCGGCGUUACCCCUGCCUCGACCAGUCGAAGUGAAGCGUGCAGUGGAUCGAAGGAGCAUGGAUCGGUCGCAGAUCGUGGAGGCGGUGAACGAGGAGUUUCGCCCCGUCUACGAGUCGCUGGACGGCGACGAUCCCCCGCCUCCGCCCCCACCCGAACCGCGGGAGGAAGAUGACUUACUACCCCCGCCGCCGACGCCCACCGAAGGAGGGAGAAAAGUCUCCAUUCCCUUCCCGCCUCCACCCCACUUCUGCAACACCCAGUCCCUGGACAGACGGUCCAGGAAAGUCUCCAUACCCCCACCCCCAUCCACGCUGGAUACAAGGAUGUCCCGCAAGUCUUCGUUCUCUUGGCGAUCCUUCCGAACCACCCUCCCCCCUCCCCCGUCCCCGAAAUCCCUCUCCCUCUCCCUCGCCCUCCUCCCUCCAUCCCCUUCCCCGACCUACGCUUCCAUCGACUCCUCGGCUCCCCCCUCUCCGACUAUGUCAAUGUCAAUGUCAAUGUCAAUUUCCAUGGCAUCUUCAUCGUCUUCCUUCGCAUCCCAACAACUCCCACACUACAAGGAACCUCCACAAGUUUCGAAAGCUCGCAAGCGAACCGAAACUCGUCGGGUCGGCCUACCUCAUCCGGGAGAGGCUGUUUCAGAUUCCGAGAUGACUAACGAGAAAGUCACUCUCCAAGAUGCGAUAUCCAAUGUCGACGUACUCGACGAGAUGCCCUUGCCCGACCAGCAGCCUUGCAUCGAAGCCCAGCAAUGCUCUGUCACCUACAAGGCUAAUUUUGACACCAAUUUUGAAGAUAGGAAUGCCUUCAUUACUGGGGUGGCAAAGUACAUUGAGGAGGCUACAGUCCAUGCUGAUCUGAAUGAAAUGCUCGAGGAAGGGCAUAAACAUGCUGUGAUGCUAUACACAUGGAGAUGCUGCUCAAGAGCCAUCCCCCAGCCUAAAUCAAACGAACAGCCCAACCGAGUUGAGAUCUAUGAAAAAACAGUGGAAGUUCUUGCACCAGAAGUCAAUAAACUCCUCACAUUCAUGUAUUUCCAGAAAAAGGCAAGCGAGAAGUUCUGUGCAGAAAUGAAGCGAUUGUGCCAUCAGGAGAAAAGGAAGGACUUCGUCUCUGAGGCAUACCUGCUCACUCUGGGGAAAUUCAUCAAUAUGUUUGCCGUUUUGGAUGAGCUCAAAAACAUGAAGUCAAGUGUCAAGAAUGACUAUUCAACAUAUAGAAGAGCUGCACAAUUUUUGAAGGUGAUGUCAGACUCAGCAGCCCUGCAAGAGUCUCAGAACCUCUCCAUGUUUUUGGCUACGCAGAACAAGAUUCGCGACGAACUGAAGAAGAAUCUUGAGACCAUUCCAGCAUAUGAUGAUUUACUUGCUGAAGUUGUCAACAUCUGUGUCCAAAUGUACGAGACAAAGAUGUUCUUGUCUCCAAGUGAGAAGCACAUGUUAGUCAAGGUGAUAGGUUUUGCUCUCUUUCUUAUGGACCGUGAGGCUUGCAGCAUCUAUAAAUUGGAUCAGAAGAAGAAACUGAGGCUUGACCGCAUCGACAAAAUAUUUAAGAUAUUGGAGGUGGUGCCAUUGUUUGGGGACAUGCAGAUUGCACCAUUCAAUUAUGUGAAAAGGAGUCCCUACUUUGAUGGCAGCAGAUGGCCAUUGAGCAAUGCAAACCAGCCCAGCCCACAAUCAAACCUCUUGAUCCUAAUUCCACAGAUACGAGAUGAUCACGUGAAGUACAUCAGCGAGUUGUCCCGAUACUCUAAUGAGAUAAUGACAACGUACAAGGACACCCCUCGCACGGAUUCCGAGACGAAGGAGAUAUCCGACUUGGCUUUGAGGGGCUUGCAGCUUUUAUCACACUGGACAUCCAUUGUCAUGGAACUAGUCUCUUGGAAGCUCCUUCACCCGACCGAUCACCAUCAAAACAAGGAAUGUCCUGCAGAUGCUGAGGAAUAUGAACGGGCCACUCGAUACAACUACAUCUCAGAGGAGAAGUAUGGACUGAUCGAGGUCAUAGCAAUGAUCAAGGGCUUGCAAGUUCUCAUGGCCAAGAUGGAGAACUUCUUCGCUGAUGCCAUCCGCAGACACCUCUACACGGAACUCCAAACCUUCGUUCAGUCCACCCUCAGGGACCCACUGCGGAAGGCCAUCAAGAACAAGAAGGACCUAAUUCGUAGCAUCAUUAUUUCCGUUAAAGAGACUUGUGCUGACUGGAUCAAUGGAAUUGAGGCAGCUGAUGACCCAGCACUGAAGGGCAAGAAGGACCCUGAGGGAGGAUUUGAAAUUCGGUUCCCUCGACGGACUGUUGGACCAUCAUCCACACAGCUAUACAUGGUGAGAACGAUGUUGGAGUCCCUGAUAGCAGACAAGUCUGGAGGGAAGCGGACAAUGAGGAAAGACAUAGAUGGCAGCACCCUCAUUGCCAUUGAGCACUUCCACAAGCAGAGCUUCUUCUGGAAUUAUCUCCUCAACUUCACAGAUUCCUUGCAGCAGUGCUGUGAUCUAUCCCAGCUCUGGUAUCGAGAGUUCUACCUGGAAAUGACAAUGGGGAGGAGGAUACAAUUCCCAAUCGAAAUGUCCACACCCUGGAUCUUAACAGACCACAUCUUGAAGACUAAGGAUGCCUCCAUGAUGGAGUGCGUCCUAUACCCAUUGGACCUUUACAACGACAGUGCCCACUAUGCCCUGACAAAGUUCCGAAAGCAGUUCCUUUAUGAUGAGAUCGAGGCUGAGGUGAACCUCUGCUUUGACCAGUUUGUCUACAAGCUCAGUGAGCAGAUUUUCAUGUACUACAAGCACCUUGCUGCCAGCAUCCUCUUGGACAAGAGGUUUCGAGUGGAGUGUGCCAACCUGGGCACAGAGAUCUCGUGGCCAAAAGCAAAUCGAUACGAGACCCUCAUGUCACAGCGACACGUGCAGCUCCUGGGUCGUUCCAUCGACCUGAACCGCCUCAUCACACAACGCAUCAAUGUCUCCCUUCAGAAGUGCCUUGAUGUUGCCAUCUCACGCUUUGAGAGUGGCGAUCUCACUGGGAUUGUGGAACUGGAAGCUCUCAUGCAGUGCAAUAAGCUGUGCCACAAACUACUUAGCAAGCAUUUGGCCUUGGAUGACUUUCAUGCCAUGCUGCAGGAGGCAAAUCACAACGUCCUCGCUCCUUAUGGACGCAUCACCCUUCACGUCUUCUGGGAGCUCAACUAUGACUUCCUGCCCAAUUAUUGCUACAAUGCUGCCACCAAUCGCUUUGUGAAGAGCCGUGACAUCCUGUUCUCUCAGAGUGUCCAUCGAGACAAGCAGCCCCAAGUGACCCACCAGUAUGUGUGGGGUACCAAAGCCCUCAACAUUGCCUAUGCAUCCAUCUACAAUCGAUUUUCUGGGUUUGUGGGUACACCGCACUUUCGAGCUGUCUGUCGGCUUCUGGGCUACCAGGGUAUUGCAGUGGUCAUGGAAGAGCUCCUCAAAAUUGUCCAAAAUCUCAUCCAGGGCAACAUCCUCCAAUUCACACAUACUGUUUUGAAGGUCCUCCCGAAACAGUGCAAGCUCCCCCUUUAUGACUACACAUCCUCAGGUGUAUUAGCAUUUUACCAGGCACAGCUGACAGAUGUGAUCCAGUAUCCAGAUGCCAGAACAGAACUGUUUCACUUCUUCCGAGAGAUGGGGAAUGCAAUCCUGUUUUGCCUCCUAAUCGAACAAGCUCUGUCGCAAGAGGAAGUGUGUGAUCUCCUCCAUGCUGCUCCCUUUCAAAACAUCUUGCCAAGGCCCUUCUGCAAAGAUCAACAAGAGAAGCUUGAAGUGAAGCAGAAGAAACUAGAAGCCAAAUAUGCUCCUCUCCAGAUAGUGCCAAAUAUUGAGAAGCUAGGCACUCCUCAGCAAGCACUGAUUGCCCGAGAAGGAGAUCUGUUGACCAGAGAGAGGCUUUGCUGUGGCCUGAGCAUCUUUGAGAUGAUCCUCAACCGGAUCAAGGGCUUCCUGGGUGACCCAAUUUGGACAGGGCCACCACCAGUCAAUGGAGUCAUGCAUGUUGAUGAAUGCCUCGAGUUCCAUCGUCUCUGGUCCGCCCUCCAGUUUGUAUACUGCAUCCCUGUUGGAGAGAACGAAUUCACUGUUGAGCAGCUGUUUGGAGAGGGCUUGCACUGGGCUGGCUGCACCAUCAUUGUCCUCCUGGGCCAGCAGAGACGAUUUGAAUCCCUUGAUUUCUGUUACCAUCUCCUCAAGGUCCAACGAGCUGACAACAAGGACGACAGCAGCAAGGGCAUUCCGUUGAAGAAAAUGUGCGAUCGCAUCCGAAGGUUCCAGGUUCUCAAUUCCCAGAUCUUUGCCAUCCUGAACAAAUACCUAAAGACGAGCGCAAGCGAUGCCGAGGCACUGCCCGUGGAGCAUGUGAGAUGCUUCCCUCCCCCGAUCCAUCCGUCUCUGGUCAACCAGCAGUCUCACUACCAUCGGUUGUUGGGAUUUCUCCCUCUCGCCGACAGUUUCCUCGAAGCCGACAUUCCCAGAGCAAAUCCCACCGACGACGAAGAAAGGAAGAAACCAGCGACCGAGCCGCCGGAUGGAAUCCACAAAUUUGCCUUCAAGACCGAUAUUGAGGCGUCGCUUCGCCUCCCCGGAAAACUCAAGAGGAAUGCGAUUGUGCCCCGGGAGCCUCCUUAUCUCCCCGACAUGCCCCGAGGGGGGGACGCGUCAAGGCCGCGACGAUUAGGUCCGCCCUCCCCGGGGCCCGCCCUCCCGAAGCGACUACGCUACACACGCUCUCUCGUGCAUUCCAGGCUCCAUCGAUCCCCGUCGCGAAGGCCGUGCAUCCCCAUAGCGAGUGGAAGCGCUCACAUACGGACUUCAAACAUCCUCAUAGAGGACUUCAAACGUCACCAGCUGACUCGAAACACCCUCACAGCGGACUUGAAACAUCCCCCCAUCGCAAUGGAGAGCGAAGAAGGCAAGGAACUCGACACCGACUGCAUGACCCUGACCCGCUUCGUCCUGGCCGAGCAGCGGAAGGUCCCCGGCGCCACCGGCGACCUCACCCAGCUGCUCAACUCCAUCCAGGCCGCCGUGAAGUCCAUCAGCCAUGCCGUGAGGAAGGCCGGGAUCGUCCAGCUCUUUGGGAUGACCGGGUCGACCAACGUUCAGGGCGAGGAGGUGAAGAAGCUGGACGUCCUCGCGAACGAGCUGUUCAUCAACCUCCUCCGCUCCUCCUACACGACCUGCCUCCUCGUCUCGGAGGAGAACGACACGGCCAUCCCGGUGGAGGCGGAGCGGCAGGGGAAGUACAUCGUCAGCUUCGACCCGCUGGACGGCUCGUCCAACAUCGACUGCCUCGCCCCGAUCGGGUCGGUCUUCGGGGUGUGGAGGAGGCCGGAGGGGGGCGAGGGCGAGGUGGCGGAGGCCGAGGCGCUGCAGCCAGGCCGACAGAUGGUGGCAGCCGGGUACGCCCUCUACGGCUCGGCGACGAUGAUGGUGAUCACGACCGGGCAAGGCGUGAACGGGUUCAUGCUGGACCCAGGGAUCGGCGAGUUCGUGCUGACGGACCCGAACAUGCGAAUCAAGGAACGAGGAAGCAUCUACUCGAUAAACCACGGGAACGAGGCGACGUGGAGCGAGGGCGUGCGCGAGUACGUGAAGAGCAAGAAGGACGGGGGGAAGCCGUACCGGUACAUCGGGUCGAUGGUGGCGGACGUGCACCGGACGCUCAAGUACGGGGGAGUGUUCAUGUACCCGAGGACCCGAGACUGCCCGGAGGGGAAGCUGAGGCUCAUGUACGAGAUGAACCCGGUGUCGUUCAUCGUGGAGCAGGCGGGGGGGAGGGCGACCGACGGGAUGCGGCCGAUCUUGGAGUUGACGCCGACGGGGAUCCAUCAGAGGACGCCGGUGUUUCUGGGGUCGAAGGAGGAUGUCGAGGAGGCGAUGGAGUUCAUCCGGAGGUUUCCCGGAUGAGGGAGGGAGGUGGCUCUGGGUUCUCAUUCUCUUUUGGUGUUUGGUAAUGAAGUGCAAUACGGGGG